UUGUGUAAGUACUAAUCAAUAAUAAUAAAUACUUUUAAAUCAAUUAUCAUCAUCAUCUCCAAUAAUAAGAUCUCUAAAAAUGUCUCUAAAUCACAAAGCUUCAAUAAAAGUUUUGUUGGUGGGACAAAUACUGAUGGUGAUGAUGAUGAUAAUGAUUGCUAGCACAACUUCCAAACCAUUCCCAGGCAAAAAGUCAUCUCAUCAUAAACAUUCUCACAAUAAACAUUCUCACUUUGACUUCCUCGAUACCCAUAAUGCCAUUCGAGCGGAGGUUGGCGUCGGCCCAAUGACGUGGAAUAAGACCUUAGUUGCUUAUGCGAGAAACUAUGCAAACUCAAUGGUAAGUAAGAAUUGUGAGCUGGAGCACUCUGGAGGAAUUUAUGGUGAGAAUUUAGCUGCAGGUUAUGGAGAAAUGACAGGUGAGCAAGCUGUGAAGUUUUGGGCCACCGAGAAGACCAUGUAUGACUACACCUCCAACACGUGCAAGGAAGAGGAUGGGUGUGGCCAUUACCUUCAGGUAGUGUGGCGCAACUCCAUUCGCCUUGGAUGCGCCACAACCAAGUGUAGCAACAAUGGAUUGGUAUUUGUCAUUUGUAGCUAUGAUCCCCCGGGGAAUUAUAUAGGGCAACGACCCUAUUAAAUUAUGUCCUGCAUGUGGAACUUUUUGUGUGGAAGUUAUAAAUUUUUUUUUUUGCCAAAAUAUAUAAUUAUUGUUGUGGAUAAAAAAAAAUGAAUUCUCCAAUAAUUAAUU